UGCUCUCAGACGCAAACAUGACGCGUGCCGAUUUGUGGCGCGCGCUCCCGCUGUGACGCGUGCGCAUGAGGGCGCGAGUUCAUGAACUUUAUUUUCAGCUGGAGACAAACGACCAAAAUAAACUCUUACAGAUACAAGACGCUUGGCUCUGCCCGUGACGCGUGCAGCAGGUGGGUGUUUAUGAUUUCAUGAAUUACGUGCCGUACGAACAGAAAGAGACACAAAGCGAGUGCGUGCGGUGAAGACGCUCCAGGCUGCUCCUCAGCUUCAUUCUUACUGGAGUCUCUGUUUAACGCUGCGUUUUGCGUGAUCCGCUCACUCAUCAUCAUGCGUUCGGACUCGUGAAACACACUUGUGAAAAACAUGAGUGAAUAUUCAAACCGGAGUCAGUCCCGCAGCGAUUACGAAUGGCAUUAUGAGUAUUAUGAUGAUGAGGAGCCCGUGUCCUUUGAGGGACUGAAAGCAAACCGAUACUCAAUCGUGAUUGGUUUCUGGGUCGGACUGGCCGUGUUCGUCAUCUUUAUGUUCUUCGUUUUGACGCUGCUGACAAAAACAGGAGCUCCACAUCCAGAGAUCCCUGAUCCCAGUGAAAAGCAUCAUGGUCUAGGUGACUGUGUGCUGGAGGUCAGCGACUCUCAGGCGUUUUCUCUCCCGCCGCUGCCGGACGAAUCGCGUUCCCUAUUUCACUUCUACAUCCGCGAGGAGGCUGUCAGAGACGCUGCGAUUGGCCAAGGGAGGCGUUGUGGGCGGUCCUCCGGGCUCCGCCUCCAGGGGGCGGCAGAGGAUGAGAGAGGAGACGAAGACGAGCACUUCCUGUCCGACUUCAACAUUCCGAACUUCGUGAGCUCCGAGCAGAACUCCAGCGUCGGCAACGACGACUUUCUGCUGUGUGAGCCGCCGAUCAUCGCAGACAGCCAAUCGGCUACGCUGAAGAGCUUAGAUCCCGCCCACCCUUCCUAUGAUGUCAUCAGACACUAACACACGGACUCGUUUUUUACAUGGACAGUGACUGACUUUUAACGAGCUACCGAUUUUCAAGAAAUGCAAAUUAAUGAAGAUGUAUAGCUCUUAUUUAUAUGUGCCUAUAAUAUUUCAAUAAACUGUUUAAUUAUGUACAGUAGAUUACAUUAGUGAUCACAUUAGUGUACGUAAACAAUCUUUUACUAUAUGGUAUUAUGGACUUAUUUAUUAUGGUUUUAUUUAUUUCAGAACAGGUUUCUUUGAUUUAUUAGCGUAUCUGUGUGUGUUUACAAGUAUUAUAAUAUUAUUGAAAUAAUAUAGUUUUUAUUAAUAAUUUGAAUGAGUGUAUAUUUUUUCAUUUUGUUACAUUUUUAACAAUUGUCUUUUUUUGUAUUUUUAAAAAUGUUUAUAUAUUUUUGUUAAUUUUAUUUCAGUUAUAGUUUUAGUCAUUUUAGUACAUCAUUUGAUCUAAAUGAAAACAUCAAAUGUUUUCUUGACAUCUAAAGUUUUUAAA